UUCGAUUCAGCUCAUGUUUUUUCCCCCUUUUCUUUCCCGGUCAUAUCGUCUUCUUCAUCUUUCUCCGAUUUUAAUCCUAUCGCUUUGAUUUUUGCGGUAGAAUUCCGGUAAUCUGUCGCUCCGAUCUGUCUAAUCAUAGCCCUUUCUCCUGAUUACGAGCUUUAAUUUAUUGGAAUUGCACCAGAAGCUACAUGGAACCGAAUUUAUCCCCUUCUACUCCUAGAAGGGUCAAAUUUGCUCCUAAAGGUCCUCCACCAAGGAGGAAGUCCACACCUCUUCAACCCAAAACUGAAGUAGCUGGUGGUGGUGAUCAUGGCGGAGAUGACGAGAUUAAUGAAUCUCUCCUUCGCAAAGUUAACGAGCAUCUGACAAGAAGAUGGCCUCAAGCUGAGAAAAAAUCUUCUGUUCAAGUUGCAUUUAGCCAUGGAGUUGCAUCAUCAACUUCUUUAAGGACAUAUGGCUCAGCUAAGGAAGGUUCCGGUGACAGAAGUAAUGGCACGGGAUUGAGAGAUUCUGCUGCAGAUACUAUGGGGGACAUCCAUUCUUUGCCUUCAACUAGUAAAAUUGAUUGGAUGGUUGAAAGUUCAGAAGAUGCCACUGUUACUUCAUUCAAGCAGAAGAAGAGAGAAUAUAAAGAACCUUGGGAUUACAACCACAGCUACUAUCCUGUUACUCUUCCCAUAAGAAGACCUUACUCUGGGAACCCAGAGGUUCUUGAUCGGGAAGAAUUUGGGGAGGCUAAAGCAGCUUCGGAGUAUGAUGAAAGUGCUAUAAAUUCUGCAUCGGAUCUUGGUCUGCUGGAAGAAGUUGAUGGAGAGAAGAUGCUUUUUCUUCAGUUUCCUGCUAACCUCCCCUUUGUUAAACGGGAAUCUGGGCCAGGUUCUACUGGUACAUCUGAACAUGCUUCAGCCAGCAUGAAUCAUAAACACAGAGCUGGCAGCUCUAGACCAGGUGGAAGUGUUGCUCCAACCACGGCAAAAGGGAAGGAGAUUCCUGGUAGCUUUCCAAUGGUUUCAGGUGAUGCAAAGGGAAAAGAGAUGGUUAACAGCUCUGUGUCUUCCGUUGGCACAAAUAAGAAUGUAUGCAGUUUGGAGGAGUUGCCACCCGGAUUCAUGGGGAAAAUAUUGGUCUUUAAGAGUGGUGCAGUUAAGUUGAAGCUCGGAGAUAUGCUGUACGAUGUGAGGUUUCUCCUGGUUCCAAUUGUACGUUUGCUCAGGAUAUUGUGGCAAUCAACACAUCAGACAAACACUGCUGCAAUCUGGGAGAAGUCAGUAAGCGGGCUGUCGUUACUCCAGAUAUUGAUCAUCUACUGACGCCGGUGAUUUAUCUGACUUGAGAAUUUUGCUGAUAAUUAGGCUUUUAUCGGUGAUGUCAAUGAGAAGUGUACUUUCAGUCUUGCACAGUAGCUAGUUGUACAGGUGCUCCAGCUUUACAAAAUCUUCUAGGCAGUUGAGGAACUUCUUUUAGGAACCUGCUUUUUCUUUCUUUAUUAAUAAUGUAACUGGAUGAAUGCAAACUUCUAUUGACUUAUUUAGGUUCGGUAUAUUCUUUUCAUCUUC